AUGGAAAAGAAGGUGAAAAGACCAGGGCGCAUGGUGAAUGCCAAACGACAAUUGCAAAAUGCAAAUUUCAUCGAUCAGUUAUCUAAAACCAACAAACCACAGUCAGAGAACAGACAGAAACCUAAUACACAUCCUCAUCUAGAGGGGAAGCCGAAGGUCACGACUUUGUUGCAGAGAGGUUCUACAACAUUGGAGGGUACAGCUGUUUCUGCAGCGACCAACAAAGCACAGUCAGAGAACACACAACACCUUGUUACACUUUCACAUCAAGAGGGGCCGCCGAAGGUCACGACCUUUUCGCCGAGUGGUUCUACAACAUUGAGGGAUUCAGCUGUCUCUAGAGAAAACACCGCACCGAUUCACAAUGACAAUAAGAAUUUACAGAAGGAUAUACGAUUGGAAGACAUUACCGCAAACAACCAAUUCCCGGAAAACAAUAGCCCCACUAAACAGUAUUCCGAAACUGUAGCUGGAGACAAAGCGAGACACCCUGAUCAUAGUGCUCCUCUUGAAUCCAGCUCUGAGGAUAACUUUGAGAAAAAAUAUCCACAAAGCGAUGUUCAGCCCGAAUCUUCACUCAACGGCAACUCUGAGGGAAAGAGCCAUAUAACAGACGGAUCUUGUGAUCUUCCAAAAUCUUACAGGGAAGAUAACCCCAGUUUGAAGGAAAACAAUAAGAAUUAUCAAGUCCAUUCUUUUGUGGGUGAAUCAACAUGGACAACAAUUCGGACAAAUACGCAGCUUUCCCCGCACGCAUCCAUAAAAAAUGCAAGCAGUCCACAUAGCAAUUAUCCUCAAGGAAGAACUUCAAGUGGCCGGGCUCAUGUAACGGGAAUACCUAACCUCGGAAAUACUUGUUAUGCAAAUAGUGUUCUUCAGGUCUUAGGGAAAUCACCUUCGCUACAAAGUUAUCUUGAAAAUUGUCAGAAAGGGAGUGGUUCGCUGUUGAAAAAGAUACUGACUGAGCUAAAUACGCCUGGUACUCGUUGCGUCUACUACGAGAUAGUGCAUAGUCUACUUCAUUCAGUAUUCAAAAGAGAAGAUUCAUUUAGUAUAGGGAGACAGGAUGACAGUCAUGCAUUCUUUCUUGCACUUAUUAACUGCGUGCAGGCCGAUUCAGACGGAAACCCUUGCGAAAUAUUUGAAGGAAUGAUGACGAACCUAUUCAAAUAUAACACAUGUGAUCACGUGGAAUAUUCCGAUGAACAGCGUUUUACAAGUCUUCUGAUGCCAAUAGCAAAUCAAGAGAACCUGUAUGCAUGCAUAAAAGACUUCUGCAGUGAGGAAACAUUUGAGAAAAACCUCCUUCAAUGUAGAAUGUGUGAGGAAAAACAUCUAGAUACAGUAGCAAAGAAGCAAUUAGUCUUUACAAAACUUCCUAAGAUAUUGGUGUUACAGAUGGGACGAUUCGAGGAGUACAUGGAUUAUAGAACGAAGAGAAUUCGCAAGAACAUCGCAAGAAUCAAAUUUUCGAAUGAAAUAAAACUUGAUGAAAAGUGUAAAAGCAUACCUUAUGAUCUGUAUGGAGUUGUAAACCACCACGGAAGUAUAAAUGGAGGUCAUUACACAGCUACUGUCAGAUUAGGAAACAGCUGGUAUCGCUGUAGUGACACGCAUGUCUCAACUGGAGCCAAUCCCACAACCAAUCCGAACGGAGACGCCUAUCUACUGUUCUACAGUCGGAAAGAGGAUGUCACAAUGCAACAAGGAAUGAUAUUUCAUCCACAAAUAGAGGAUCUUACAUGAGUAGUAGUGUAAUAUGGAAUUUACUGAACGAGGCUUUUAUUUCUCGUAUUGAUGGGAACAUAACUAAAACUUUCACAAAGUUCUUUCUUUUCGAGAUGAAGACAGUAUUUAUGACUUGACAAUAUUGUUAUUACACAGUAGCUUUCGAUAUUCUGACAUUGCCAUAUAGCAUGGUAUAUGGAUACAAUACACAUACAUUAAACUGGCGAUUUUAAAAGCAUCUGUUUCUAUAACCUGUGGUGGUAUAUUCUUAAAUUUCCUUUCUAAAAAAAGCAGUAGGGUUCCAGUUUAGAAAAACAUCUUAAUGAUGUAUGAAUUACAAGGAAGGGAAAUACUUUCUUUAUUGCGAUGAUUUUUCAAUUUGUUUUUCCAAUUCGUUUUAUAUCACUGGUGUGAAAGUAUAAAAACGCCCAAUGGGAUUUAACAAAGACAAAAAUAAAAAAAUUGAAUAAAAAUUCAUAAUUAGGCAAAAUAUACUUGCAAUGUUGUCCAUAAUGAUACAGAUAUACUAGCACAAUGGUUUUAGUUUUUUGAACGAUCGGGGACAAACCGAGAUAAUCAGGAGUUUUUCGAAAGAAAUGUAAGCUUCACUGGUAAGAAAUGUUUAUAUAUGCUAGGGUAUUCUUGGUGAAUGCUAUUUUUUUUUUAUUCAUGGAAGCCCUUAGAGAUAAAUUGGUAAGUAUAAGUUACAUACCAGGAACAAACAUCAACCAUAUCAUGCUGUCUGAAUAGUCAAUAUUCUUAUUCUUUUAAACUUUAUAAUACAUGUAAUUGACACUCUAUAUCUUGUGAUUGCAGUAUUCUUAUAAGUGUUAUAACUUAUACCAGGGGACCGCGGUGGCAGAGUGGUUAAGGUGCCCCAACACUUUAUCACUAGCCCUCUAUAUCAUGGUUGAGUGUUCGAACUCUACGUGGGGCAGUUGCCAGGUACUGACCGUAGGCCGGUGGUUUUUCUCCGGUACUCCGGGUACUCCGGCUUUCCUCACCUCCAAAUCCUGGCACGUCCUUAAAUGACCUUGGUUGUUAAUAGGCCAUUAAACAAAAACAAACCAAACCAAACUUAUACCAAUUCACUGGGGACGGUUUUAUAAAAGCUAGAAAACGUUUAUUUUGAAUCCGAUUUAUUAUGGAUAGUACAUCUCUAUCAUAUCGUAUGCAAUUGAUAGAAAAACAAGUUUAUAUUGAUUCUUCAUCAAUGCUAUUUUAUAAUAAAUUAAAUUCACAUAAUUCCACGACCAAAAAGGAGUUCCCAGGUCUCAGAAGGUUAGGUAAAUGGUAAGUCUAGAUUUUAGCAAAUAAUUGCUAGAACUGAAAUAAAAGAAAGUUUAAAAUAAAGCUCGGGUAACCAAAAGGAGUAAACAGUGAAUGUAUAUGAAACUUAUAUGCGAUUGCUUUGAGAAAUGAACGAUAAGAAAAAGUGCUGAUUUUGUAUGUAUGGUAUGUAUGGAAAGUGAGCUCUCCUGUCUGAGGACAUAUAUUGUACAUAAUGGCUAAUCCCAGCCCUCCACACAGUAUACACCACUACACCAAAUCUAGUUCUUUCAAACGAGCGUUUCAAUGAUGCAGUGAUUGGUCUACCCGAUACCCUGACAAGAUCAUAGAUGCGAAAAAUAAUAUCAUUCAAACAUUCAUACUUCAUAAUUCAAACCUGUCGGUUAAAGGGAGAUAAUUACCUCAAGUAAGUAUCAGGAAAAUAUGUUUAAAAAUAAACCAAAAAAGUUUAUACCAUUCCAUUUUGUCGGACAACUAUCACACAAUAUUAAGGCAAAUUAUGAUCGCUCCACAAUGAUGUAAAUGCCACUCCUGUUUAACCUUUUUAACAUGUAACCUUCUUAUCACAUUACACAGCUAACGAGAAGCCUUAACCAACGAUAUAUAGCAUAUAUCAACAAUAUAUUUAUAAGGUUUAUAAAAUACAUAAGAUCUUCCAUAAUCCCUACCUUUUAUGACAGAUAACUAUACCAUCAAAUUAACCUUAUUCCAGUAAGUAAAAUUAUUCAAGUUUUAAAAGUUUCAGAAUUGUUAAGUAUUCGGCGAAGAGCAAUACCGUUUCUAUAAUUAAUUUAAGCCCACUUAUAUUUUUUUGAUUUCAUUCUUAAUUUUAAAACUUUAGGCAUGAACCGUUUUGCUACAUAGGACCAGUCAAAAGCAGACAAGCGCAGUCUUAAUCGACAUUGAUAGAUGUAUUGUGGUUCAUAGUGUUGAACAACAUCAGCAAGUACCCUCAAACUUUACGGAAAUAUAUACAAUUUCAGUUUAUCAAAUACUACAGAAAUGGCAGAAAUACAUGCGCACCUAAUUGGAAUAUGUUCAAUUUGAUCAACACAAGAGCAUAUAAGACAAUCACUGAUCAUAUACAAUACCGCAAAUUAUUAUGCAUUGUCGCUAAAAUUGUUCUUGAUAGCAAAUAUUAAACUCGUGUGGUAAUAAUAACAAAGAUUAUCACGAACGGUUCCACAAACACACUGGUAAUUAAAAUUCAGUAAUACCACGUAUCUGUCGAAUAUCCCUAAUAGGUCGUGCUAACAUUGAUAGGGACUGAAAGCGUGAAAAUCCAGGAGAGGCCAUUGGUAAAAAGAAAUCAUAAAAACAUAUUAAAAUAUGUGCAUUAAUUUAGUGAUCUUUUUUUUUAAUCAACAAAAAACUUCUAAUAUACAUUAAAGCAACAACAUAUAUGAGAAUUAUAAAAUGUUCAAGAGAAAUAUAAAUAAAUCCUUAAGUUGUCAAUGUAUUUUCAGAGGUUUGGGUAUUUGAUUAGAAGGAUCAGCAUACGUACGUUUUCUGUACUUUUGCAUGCAUGUUUUCAUAUGUCAUGUUCUGCUUAGUUAAAUAAAUACUAUUGUAACUAUAAAUAAAUCCUUACGUCAUCUACAGGGAUGGCACGUGUUUUACAGCUUUCCUUGUUUGUGCCGCCUGAUAUUUCUAUAUUGGCAUGUGCGUAAACAUACUCUAUAGUUUGAAUAUGUUGAUGUAGUCGCUAUGCCUAUUAUGUACCCUUACCUUCGUAAUCAAUUGUGUAUUGAAGGCAUGACAAGAAUAUAGUAUGUUAAUAUACGUGCAUUGGGAAAAUAAAAGCUUUAUUGAUAAAG